UCACAUUCAUGCACACGACUCAACAACAUGGAUACACUUACCCCCGCUUCAUGGCCCGAUUGACCAGCCCCCCGCGCGGUUGGUCUUCGGCCUGGUGCACAGCCAAGUACAGACAAGGGCACUCGUAUCUAUCAAGUGUGUUGUGCCUCUGACCCAAAUCCGCAUAAGUACCGUGAAGUAGUAGUGCUCCUGGUUGUGGGGGGCAGUGCUCUUCUCUGAGAGCUGGUGGGCGAGCUUCUCCUUCCUGCGAAAGAAGAGACAGGAACAUGAUAAUCAGUUAAAGCCUGUCGUCUCAGGUCUGCGAGUGUUAUUGGUGGCCCACUGGGCGGCAAACUCCUCCUCAGACAUCCCCACCCCGGCCAGCAGCUCCGCCUCGACUUCUUUGAUGGCCUACACACACACGGGGAGCGAGUGGGUGAGUGUGUGAGUGCGUGUCAUUGUAUUAUGUAUAUGUUUGUUGUCUCCUUGCUUGAGGGAAGUAUUGAUCCAAUGGCCUUGUGUCCCCCCCGUCCCUCCUCCCCCACAGCUCAUACGCCCUCCCUAUGUACCUGUGUGACAGACACACACAGACAAAUGGGAGGAAGGCAGGGAAAGAGAGGAAUCGGUCGGUCAAUCAGUGUGUGGCCCCACGGACAGUUUAGCGAAUGUGGUGUCGGGUGGGUAGUUGUGGCCCCCUCCUGAUCCCUCGCCCCCUCCCCCCUCUUCCCCUCCUCCCUCGCCCUCAUCUGACGAGACAUCGGAGAGGAGACACACAAGUCCAAAUGACAGGCAGUCCGGCCGUUAUAUGUUAUCCCACCCUCUUCCAUGUCGGCCCCCUCCUCCUGCUGCUUCUCAUCCCUGAAGGGCAUAGAACAGACAAGCCACACCAGGUCGACAGACAGGCUGCAUGAGCGGGUCGAUCGGCUUGCUUCUCACUCUUCUUCCUCUCCCUGCUCCUGUGCAUCCCUCGCCGCCGCCCUGUCGGAACAGUCAGUCAAACAGAAAACCGUCCAUGUGAGACACGAUGUGUGUAUGUGAAGACAGCGGCCGUUUGUCGUGCUCCGCCUUACGCUGCCUGGCGCUUCUUCCUCCGGCUCGCCUUGCUCCUCUUCUUCUUCGACGAGUUGUUGACGCCCCUCGUCGCCUUGUUGAGCUGCUGCUUGCUCUCCGUCGCCCUCAGCUCCUCCUGGGUGUGGGCAUACGGGCACUGCACUCGGGAGGAAAUGAAGAGACAAAAGUACACACAGCAUGGGCCACAGUGCGUGCACUCAGGCAACUGGAUCCUCACGUUUGCGUCGAGGCAGCCCCAGGGGCUGUUGAUGUACUGGCACAUCCUUGUCUUGUACUUGGCGGCGGCGAGACGCCUGUCCGAUUGAUUCGUGUCGAACAUUGCCGCAACACUUACUGUUCAGCUGCUGCCUUCGCUUGCCACUUACGGGGUUUGAUACUUGUAAAAGGCGGGCGCUACCUGCAGAAGAAGAUGGAAGCACAGCCCGUAGUGUAAUGCACAAACGCCCGCAGCGUCCGCCUCGGUGGUCGUCUGCUUACCGUCCUCUGGCCGCUGCUCGCCAUCUCAACCACACUGCGAUACUUCAGCGGAUCGCAGCAGUCUCACUUGGGGGAGGCCCCCACAUCGUCUCCGAGUCGAUGACGCGACAGCUCUGUAAUGGGGGUCGUCAGAUGCAGAUCUAUCCGAAGGAGGUCUUGUGGCUGCAGACUGCAGGAAUAUAGAGAGAAACGAGAGGCCCUGAUCUGAUCUGGCUCCUUGUUCAUGCACCCCGUUGACAACGUCCUAAAGGCAGGCAGGAAAAUCAGGCAGCAGAAUCGCAGCAACUCUGCAUCAUGCUGGUGUGAAAGGCUCUCGCAGCUGUGUAAUCAAAGGCAUUGAGAUGGAGGAAAGGCUUCAGGCUUGCGAGCUGAAAAAAUGGCCCGGAUUUCCUUUGCUCGGCUUUCGGUGCGGUUUUCUCAUCAGAUCCGUUAGCGCAAUCACAGAGAGAAGGCAUCUGGCCAAUAAUAUCAGAAAACGAAUCUGCCACUGUUGAGAAAAUCAGCCAUUCGAUCCUCACUCGAUCGGCUUCUGCGGCCGCUGCCGAGGGCCUGUUGGGCUGCCCGGGGGGCUGGGGGCCUCUUGACGGCCGCCGUGACCGGCAAGAAAGGCAAAAAGACGAAGGCAAUGAGUCCCCUUCGCCAUCAGCACACUCGGCUGGGGUGUGUGAGAGUGCGGUGGCGUCAAGUAUCGGCACGUAUGUAUAGCGCCAUGCAGUGCGGUCAGCAGGGCGGGGGUCUGGCAAGUCACGCAAACACAAUGAAGACAGCACAGAGUGCAAUGGGCGACAUGGUGUGUCUUGGAAGGAUGGAACACACUGAGAGGGAGAUGCCUGUCUGUCUGUCUGUCUGUCCGAUGACACAGCGAGGCGCCCGUCAUCCGCCCGCCCACCUAUCCGUCCGUUUAAGCCAUUGGCAGCACAUCAGCGUAGUGGAAGCAUGACACCGAGCAAAACGGGCCACUCUCAUACAGCCAGCAAACGACACACUCUCAGCCAUCGCAACGCAACACUUACAGAAACUCUCUCUCUCUCUCUGUGUCAGUCUGGCGCGUAUCUGUCUGUCAGUGUCCGAGAGGUCAAAGCAGCCACACGAGUGGACCGGAUCGGUGGGCCAAUGUCAUGUGGCCGCACCGAAGAUGCGCACAAAUGGGAAAAGAAUGGCAUUCACCCGAUGCAGUCAGUCGAUGUGGUCGAAUUACAUACAGACGGAUCUACACGACCGAGUGGGCCAGCCAGUCAGUCAGUGAUAUUAUGUACACCGCACAACUGGAUGUGUGUGUGUGUCUUCCCGGCGCCUUUGCGGAGACGACAGCACAGCACAGCACCGCAGAUGGACAGACAGACAAGGCAGACAGGCACCGGAAGGAACGUAUCAGCCAGCCAGCGAUAAUACAACCAAAACAGCCUCGUGUGUGUGAGGGGCAGCUUCAUCAGUGUGUCCCUGGUGGGUAUGAGCGACGGCAGUUUACAAAGCAGAGAGAGUGCGGCAGGGCAAAACAAUUCAGCAACUCGGCAGGAAGGUCAACGUACCCACACAGAAUGAAAGCAAUGGGUCAUAAAUCGACAGCAUUGUCUGGUGGGUGGCAGGCAAUGCAGUCCGCGCGCUCAGUCAGCCGCCACCAAUUGACCCUCCAACACACAACACCACACACCACGAGAUGCAAAGAUACCUGGCUGACGCGGGCGAGAAGUACAGAUGAGAUGAGUGAGUGACUGAGUGAGUAUUGGCAGCCGGCCAUGUGUGUCGACACAGCCGCCCACAGGUAAUUCACCAAGUGGCGGACGGGAUGGGCAGGCAGCUCCCCGCCCACCACAUCGAUGCAGUCAGUCAGCGUACACACGAGGGCACAUAAUACAUAGAGAGGUACGAAUGCAGGCCAGGCCAGGAGAGGGCCAUUGUGUGUGUGGAUGCGAUCGAUGGCUUAAACCACACGUGGACCUCUCUCCCUCCGCCACUUCCACACGACCCAGACGAACAGCACACACAUCGAUGUAUAUGUGUGUGGCUGGCGGCUGCGAGAGAGAGAGAGAGUGAGUAGAAGUCCCUGGUGCACUGCAGGUGCCUCCCUCCCUCCCCCCUCCCCCCUCCCACGCCACUGGUGCCGUUGUCAGUCAUUUCCCUCUGGCCUUUGCACGACGACAGGUGGGCAGACUGACUGACAGAC